AUGGCGAUCGUCGCAUUCCAAUUCCCGGCGACCAAGCUCUGCGGCUGCCACCUGCCGUCGUCCUCCCGGAUACGGCUGACGGGGCGGAGGCCCCGGAUCCGAUUCCUCGCUGAGGCGGCGGCGACCGGAGACGAAGUGGAGGUGAGCAGCAGCAGCGGCGGGUCCGCGACGGCGGAUUCUUCUCCGGAAAGCCCCGUGGAGGCCUCCAGGCUGCCGUCAUCGCUGAUCUCUGCUGAUAACGUCCAGAAGGCGCUUCGAGGGAUCGGUAAGGAUUUGCCGGCGUGAUGCCGUCCUUGUUGAUUAUGUCGAGUUCUAGGUUUUUUUUUUUUUUUUUCUCUCUUUUCUAGUUCUACUUCUUAGAGUGCAGCCAUCACCGACGUCGACCACUAUGGGAGGCUUGGAAUAGCUAGGAACACUUCAUAUGAUGAGGUGCAUAUUCUCCCAGAGAAUUCCUAUAUUAGCUGUUGCUCGUGCGAUAUUUUAGUUUGUUGUCUGUUUCAUGAAUGUUUUCAUCCUUUUAAAUCCAUAAUGCUGAUAUGUUGAAACUUAGAUUUAUGGUUUCGCGUGGAAUGCUCAUUGUGGGAUUAUUUAGACCGCUUAUUCCCGAGGAUAUACUUUUUAUGAUUUCAUUGCUUCUCUAAUCUCGUUACUAUAUCCAUCAUCAUCUCGAUUCGUCUGUUUUCCUCCGUUCGUUAUUUUGUCAUUUUCGGAAUCCCCCACGGUGAUCUCAUUCGUAGUAGGGUCGAUUGAAGAAUAAUUCUUGUUAUUUUCAAUUGUGGGGUAAUUUUCUCCCAAAAAAUGAACUUAAAACGCAAAUUUGGCCAUCUUAUGUGACUGAAAACUGAGAAAUCUCGCAAAGAGGGCAAUCAUACUUGCAGUGCAAGUGAUUACGCUAAGUAAUUUGAUGUAGAAAGAUGAGCUACUCGCCCAUUAUGAACGUCUUUCUGGUGUAAUAUGUGAUGUCCAGUUGAUAUAUUCGAUUCCCCUGGGUCUCUGAAACUUUUUCCAAAUUUAGGUCACAAAUGCUUACAAGACGAAGUGUGAAGAACUGAUGAGCCAGGGAUUAGAAGAGGACUUGGUCAGCGAGAAAAUAGACCAACUAAAGGUCUUUCAGAAAACACAUCUUUUCAUUAAAAAAUUUAUUUUUACUAGUUUCAAGUGUUUAAGUAACAAUAUUGGUCAACUUGGUGAUAGGAAUCGUAUGCCAUCCUCUCAUCGGAGGAAGAGAGAAGAUUAUACGAUUGGAGUUUAGCCAGAAGCGAAAACCCAGAUAGAUAUGUAUGGCCUUUUGAGAUUGACAUCACACAGGUUCCAACCCAGCCUGCUCCGCCACAGGUAUCAGCCUUUAUCACUCGCUACUCUCCCCGGUGCUUACUUGAUUUUCCUUCCUGUGUUCUUGUGGGUGCUCAUCAUCACUCUUAGCUCAUCGCCUGAUGGUUGCCCUAAGUAGUUGGGUAUUGUUCAAUGUGAGAUAUUUGAUGAAGAAACAUACUGUUAUCAUCUUUAUUUUCUGAUCUCCUGGCCAACGAGCCAGAAUCUUGCAACUCAUUCCAUGAUCAUCCGUUUCUUGUCAAGCUGACAGACUGCUUGGAACAUCAUCCCCUACCUAAUCUAACACUGCAAUGAUGAAGCUCACUAAUGAUUCAACAAGAUCUUCUGAUUAAUUCAGAGGCAGGCCUUGUUUAGGUUGCUCAUGAUCUGAUCUCACUGAGAUUUUUCGUGCGUUGCAGGAACCUGAAGACGUAGAGCCCACGAGGCUUGUUGGGUACUUUCUGUUAGCCUGGAUCAUCCUGUCAUUUGCAUUAUCUGUCACCCUGAACCGCUAG